ACACACGUAGAUAUAUGUAUAUAGGUGUUUGAGCUGUCAUGCGGACGUGUCCCUUUCAAUUUGUUGAUUGCUUCGAUAGAAAGUUUGACAAGUAGAGGAGAAGGCGAGUUGUGCUUUUGUAAUAGUAAAACCGUAAAUACGUAUAAAAGCUGAGAAUGCAAUGCCAGCACGUAGACGACACGUUGGCUUAGAAGUAAACCAUGAUUUCGUGAUUACAACCUCAAAUAAUCGCUGGCAGGACGGUACCAUAAGUCCAAGAAAAAACAAUGAAAGUGAAGGUUGUGAUUUAAUAGAGAACGAGAAAUCAAAACUGAACACUGUACCAGCGACGAUGACGUCGCGCGACAGGACCAAUGAAUUCGUUAACGCUAUCCGAACGAUGCAGAGCAGGACCACCGCUCGAACGGCGGUCAUGCAAAAUCCUCGUCGAGCACGACAAUUGCAGAGCUACUCGAAUUUCAUGAUGAUAGCUAAGAGCAUUGGAAAGAAUAUAGCAAGCACUUACACGAAAUUAGAAAAGCUUGCUCUAUUGGCCAAGAGGAAGUCAAUAUUUAACGACAGACAAAUAGAAAUUGAGGAAUUAACAAAUAUUAUAAAGACAGACCUGAAAAGUUUAAAUUCCCAGAUAGGAAAGCUACAGGAAUACGGGAAGAAACAGCGAGACGUGUAUGGCUCGCGUCAAAGCAACCAUAUGGCUUCGCAUUCUUCUUCUAUUGUUAUGGCCUUGCAAUCAAAAUUGGCAAAUAUGUCGAAUCAUUUUAAGAGCGUACUGGAAGUGCGUUCGGAGAAUAUGAGAGAAGAGCAAAGUAGAAGGCAACAAUUUACUCAAGGUUCCGUAUCUACUAUGCCACCUCCGAGCGUUUCUGGAAAGCAAGGAUCGCUGCUAUUUCAAGAACAAGAUUCUUCCUCAUCUGUAGCUAUAGAUUUAGAGCCAGCGAUGGGACAGUUAUCUUUGCAACAAGCAAUUCAAGAUGAUACUGAUGCAUACGUUCAAUCGAGAGCAGAAACAAUGCAAAGCAUCGAAUCCACCAUUGUUGAACUUGGUGGAAUUUUUCAACAAUUAGCGCACAUGGUUAAAGAGCAGGAAGAAAUGGUAGAAAGGAUAGAUACCAAUAUUGAACAUACUGGAUUAAAUGUGGAAGCAGCGCAUGCAGAAAUAUUGAAAUAUUUCCAAUCCGUAACAAACAACAGGUGGUUAAUGAUAAAAAUAUUUGCGAUUCUUAUAUUUUUCUUUAUAUUUUUUGUAGUGUUUUUGGCAUAAAGUAAUUGUUAUGUUAUUAUGCAAUUUCUUCACGCAAUUUUGUAGUUGACCAUCCAUAUCCAUUUCUUGUGAUACAAGAUGAUUGAAAAGUAAGAUACAUUUUUAUAAAAUUAUGAUUCAUUAGUAAUAGAAUAAUAAUACAUUUAUUGCAUUCCUUCACCUAUCUGUUGACUUGUGAAUAUUGUAAGUAUUAAUUAUUAUAAAUAUACAUCAAUGUAGACUGCAAGCUACAUUGUUGCCUGUAAAAUGUAAAAAGGAAACUAGGUAAUAAAUGUAUAAUUUUCA